CACACACAUACACCGCAGCUCCGAGUCCCAGCUACCGCCAGUCGAGUUUUAAACACGUUUUUUAUUUCCUAGACGUGGAUAAGGGUGAACUUAAAGAGCAGCAUCUUGAGGUUUGCUCAGAAAGCGGCAUCCACCACCUCAAGAGUAUAAUGCGAGGAAAACGGGAAGAGACAGAACCGAAGUCUGUCGCUCCCGAGGCGCCCAAGGAAAACACAGUGCGACCUAGAAAGAGGAAGGCAGAUGUUGCCAUUCACUUACAAGAUCUGGACGAAGAAGUAGCAGAGAUGACAAAGAAGAAGCAGCGCGAGUGUGAAGUGGGGUGGAGUCCUGAUGCUGGUUACACAAGUCCACACAGGUGGAUCCCCACACCUGAUCAGGAAGAGUACCAACCAGUUUCUGUGAUGAACGCGGGCUUCCCUCACUACAACUUCAACAACAUAUUUGCAACCCCCGUGCAUUGUGCUCCGCUCCCUGCACUGUGCUGGGCUAGUAAGGAUGUGGUGUGGAACAACAUGUUGGAGAAGGACAAGACCUACACCAGAGACGUCCAUAUGAUGGAAAAGCAUCCUCAUCUGCAGCCCAAGAUGAGGGCAAUUCUCCUGGACUGGCUAAUGGAGGUGAGUGAGGUGUACAAACUGCACAGAGAGACAUAUCACCUGGCUCAGGACUACUUUGAUCGUUUCAUGGCAACACAGAGAAAUGUCUUCAAAUCUACGCUUCAGCUCAUAGGCAUCACUUGUCUUUUCAUUGCUGCCAAAGUAGAGGAGAUGUAUCCUCCCAAGGUCCACCAGUUUGCUUAUGUUACUGAUGAAGUCUGCACAGAAGAUGAGAUCCUCUCUAUGGAAGUCAUUAUUAUGAAGGAGCUGAAUUGGAUCCUCAGCCCUCAGACUCCCAUCUCCUGGCUCAAUGUUUACAUGCAGGUGGCCUACCUGAAAGAGACAGAUGAGCUGCUCAUCCCCAGAUACCCUCAGGCUACCUUCACACAGAUUGCAGAGUUGUUGGACCUGUGUAUGCUAGACAUACGUUGUCUUGAGUUUUCCAAUGGCAUACUUGCUGCUUCAGCGCUGUUUCAUUUCUCCUCUGUGGAGGUGGUGGAAAAUGUCUCAGCUCUGAAGAGGGUGGAGGUGGAGGAGUGUGUCAGGUGGAUGGUGCCAUUUGCCAUGGCGCUGCGGGAGGUUGGCGGGUCCUCAAUGAAAACAUUCACAGGAAUCCCAGCAGAAGACAUGCACAACAUUCAGACCCAUGCCACCUACCUUACAUGGCUGGACAAGGCCUACUCUUACCAGGAUGUGGAGUUGGAGCGCCAUAGCAACUGUCCUGUCCCUUCAGGUGUCCUGACUCCACCUCUGAGCAGUGAGAAAACUGAAGACUUGCUUCGAGUGGAUGCUGCAGUACUGAAAAUCAAACCGAGGAUGCGUACUCCAUCCCCACAAAGGCACCUUCCACAGUAGCAAUACACUGAAACUGACAAGACAAAGGCAGAUCAUAAUUAGAUUUUUGCCUUUUAGCUGUACGUGGAAGAAAGGAACCUCUGAUGUGUUGACUCAGAACAGCGACACCCUUCAAUGCAUAUGCACAAGUUGGAUUUUCAGCGGGGCAACAUUGAUGGAAACUGUGUUUUAUCUUUUCAAAGUCAUGCUGACUAUUUGGAUCCGGAUGUUUUUUUAAUGUCUUUGUAUUUGGUGCACACAGACUUUAAUUUUGGGAAACACUGAGACCUGUUGGUUUCACCCUCUUCCUUACAGGAAUCUAACAUAUUUAACCUUCGGGUUUGGAUGAACACACAAGCAAAGGGCUGUUGGAAUGGGAUGGCCCUCCAGGAGAUUUUGUUUUUAAUAGCAUUGCACCCAAAUGUUUGCAUUAAUUACCAACCAACCACACCUGCAUUGUGUGGCCGCCAUUUUUAUUUUCUAUGCAGAGACUAAACAUGAGUGGACAUUUUCUGGAGUCUCUACUUGAUCUAGUGUGCGUGGGUGUGUGUGUUUGUUUUAACAGUGAUUGGUGUUUUUUUUUUUUUUUCUUUUAAUCUGUUAGUGGCCUCAUUUGCCCAAAAACUAUUUCUAGGGUCAUCAUUGGCUCUAUUUGCUGCUAUAAAGUGGGCUUUGCAUGAUGGGAAGUGUGUGUAUGUGUCUGUGUGCAAGAAAUAAUGUGUGGCUCUUAUUUUUUGGUUCUACUCUUGCCAUUUUUAUUGGACAAAACAUGGCCAUGUUUUGCUUGUGGACCAGUAGCUUGGCUACCUCAACAGACAAGUGAACCAGCCAGGCUUCAGAAGCUAAAAUAUUGAUUGUAUUUAACUUUUAUUUUUAUCCCAGCCGGCAGAUUGUUUGCCUACCACCAAAAUGUAAGAUUUCUAUCUGAAUUUUUUUUUUUAAAUAAAAUGCUGCUACAUAUUUUCCAUUAAA